UAUUAAAUAAACUGUAGAAAAUGAGUGCAAGAGAUUGAUUAUUGUCAUAACCAUUUGAGGAAUAGCGAAAAAAAGAAAUAAUUUAAAACAGUUGUCUCAACCAGCCCCCAGUAAUAAAUAUUAUAUAACUAUGAAAUUAUAUUAACUAGUCUUUUCGUAAAUAAUUCUUGUGGUUGGAUGAAGUGAAGUUAGUUGAAUUUGAAUUCGAAUUGUUAUAGAUUGGUAUAUAACAUGAGCAUAUUUCCAAAGAAGGAGGUACAAAGAACCACAGUUGUUUAGGGGAAAAAAUUCAGAAAAUUAUUGAGUACAAAUGUAAAAUGAUGUUUUAUACAAAACACAAGGGCACAGUUCUAGCAUGAUUCAGCACUUGCUCCACCAUGCUGUUAUAGACUGAAUCUUAGUGGCAUGGAUGAAAUUGUUUUGUCAGUAUCUGAUUUUGGUUGUAUGGUUGAGAGUCAUAUCUACGCUCAGGAUAAGUCAAUUUCUAGUUUCCAACACGAUGUAGUAUAUUGAACCCAAGUCCAUAUACUGAGUGGGAAAUGGAAGAAGCAUAUCGAUAGACUGAUUUGAGUCUCUCAUUGUUUCUGUUGAUGCUAGAAAGAUGCAAUGCCUCAACAAUAUCAAAUGUGCUAAGAGUCACGGAAACAUUUCUCACUUUCAUGAAUUCGUCUGUUGCAGUGCCGGUAUCAAAAAUAGCAUCUUCGGUUGCUUUAUCUAUGUGGUGUUUCUCCUGUAACGACUGACGCUCCGGAAAAUAUUUGUCAUUGACAUCUAAAGUAUGAGCAGUUGUUCAUUAAUUUCGAUCCCCAGGCAUUCAAUCUUGCUACAUUGAAGAAAUUGGCUUAAACUGGUAAACAUAGCAUAGGCGAGUGAACUUGUCGUCACAGAAGGAAUGAUUUUAGGGUGCUUUUAAGAAAUAAAAUAUGCUAUUUCUGAUUGUAGGUCCAAAAUCUUGUCGCGAGGCAAGCAUCUCAUCCCAUUUCGUAAAAACAGUUCAACUUAUUCAGAGCUAAAUUCUUCACAUAUCUCUCUGAACAAACGGGAGUAAAGUGUUCGACCAUUUCCAAAACUGAUUCCUCAUAUAACACAGAUCUUUUCGUCUUCAAACAUGCCAGGAAGAAUUUUGGGUUGUGAUAACUUAUCAGGGAAUAGAGCAAUGCGCACAAGUAAGCAAAGGAGCUUUCUUUUUUGCCUAUGAAACAAAACCAGAUUGGCAGUGAUCCUAGCCUUUUUCACAAUAUUCCAUACUUUGUCAAGGAGGUUGAUUGCAUAUGAAUAAUGUCAUGUACUGCGGUUGUUGCUUCAAUAGAAAACAAAAAGUACUCAUCUUUCAGCUGAUUACACUGGUCAACAACAAAUAUGCUUCAGAGACCAGAGUAGAAAUCUACACCAAAUUUUAGGUCGCUGAUAAUGAAUAUCAUGGUUAAAUUCGUUUGUUAGCUCCGCUUUUCAAGAUACACCUAAGUGUCACAACAGGUUCCAACACGCUUGCGGCUGUGUGUUUCUUACCACACUCACAGUCUCACUGCCUUUCAGUAUCGUUCCAGCAGUAAUAGAAGGUGGUUGUGCUGUGCAAGUUUACACUUUGAGUUGAAAGAUGCCUCGUACUUGUGUGAAUAAGGCAGAAAACUUCUGCUACAUUUGUGGUAGGGCGACCUUUGCAUCACAGAAGCGCUGUAUAACUGCUAUAGUUAGAAAGGCAUAUCACCUAUAUUUUGGAUGCAAGAUUGGUAACCAGAAUAAGAACUGGGCUCCUCACAUAUGCUGCAACACUUGUGCUGUUAACCGUCACCAAUGGUUGAAUAGGAAGAGAAAAAUAAUACCUUUUGCUGUGACAAUGACGUGGCGGGAGCCACCAGACCAUACCGACAAUUGUUACUUCUGCAGUACAAAAGAGCUUGUCAAAGAAAAAAAAGGAGUCUAUUGAAUAUCCAAACAUUCCAUCAGCUAUUCGCCCAGUUCUACAUGGAGAAGGUCCACCUGUUCUUGAUGCACCAACUUCGGUAUCCUUCGAAAGUGGUGAGGAGGAAGCAGAAAAGGACGACCUGUUCCUGAUGCACCAACUUCGGUAUCCUUUGAGUCAGAUUAGGAAAGUGGUGAUGAGGAAGCAGAAAAAGAUUACAGAGUGACCCAAAUUUUGAUGAAGCACACUUUUCUAGGCCACAUCUCAUAACACAAUGGGAACUCCAUGACCUUGUCAGGGAUCUACAACAACCCAUGAAUAAGGCAGAGCUGCUAGACUCUCGUCUUCAACAGUGGUAUCUCCUAGCAGUUGAUGUGAAAAUUUCAAAAUUUCGCGACUGUCAGCAGCAGUUCAAUGAUUUCUUCGUAAUGAACGGCGAUUUAGUGACCUGCAACAAUAUUAAUGGUCUGAUGGAAGCACCAGACACUGGGGGAUGUUCAUAGAUUCAUCAAAACGAGUCUGAAAGGUGUCUUGCCGCAUAACGGCAAUGGCGAACCAUCAGUUCCUGUGGACUAUGCACCACACAUGAAUAUAUUGCAAUGCAUAAGAUAUGAUGAACAUCAAUGGCAGCUCUGUGGUGACUUAAAGGUUGUUGCUUUUGUGAUGGGCUUGCAGGGUGGAUACACCAAGUACUGCUGCUUUCUGUGUGAAUGGGACAACCGCACAAGAGGUUCCCACUAUACCAGGAGAGACUGGCCACUUCGUCAGUCAUUGGAGCCUGGGAUGAAAAAUGUUCAACAUCCACCUCUCACUGAACCAAACAAAAUUUUGCUACCACUAUUACACAUAAAACUGAGGCUCAUGAAAAACUUUGUAAAAGCUAUGGAGAAACUUGGUCAGAGAUUCAAGUAUUUAACAUCAAAAUUCCCCACACUGAGCGACGCUAAGAUAAAAGGGGGAAUUUUCAUUGAUCCUCAGAUUCGAGAGCUUCUUAAAGAUGAUGACUUUGAAUCAGCCCUUCACAGGAAGAAGAAAGCUGCUUGUGAACCAUUCAAGCUAGUGGCGAAGAGAUUUCUCGGCAACAGAAGGGAAGGGAACUAUAAAGAAUUGAUGGAAAAACUCAUCAAGGCUUACAAGGACAUGGAUUGUAACAUGUCACUUAAAAUCCACUUUUUGGACUCACAUUUAGACAUUUUCCGGCGAGCUGUAGGACAGUUAGUAACGAACAUUAUGAAAGGUUUCCCCAAGAUAUUUCAACCAUGGAAAAGCGGUACUAGGGUAAAUGGAACACAACAAUGCUUGCAGACUAUUACUGGACAUUGGCAAGAGAUGAUUCAUCAGCCUACUUUAAGCGUCAAGCAAAAAAGAAGAGUAGAUAUGUGUUAUGUAUUCUUUUGUUCUUUGUGGGAUAAUAAACAACUCACUGAAGGCAUUGUUAUGUUUCUACGUGUUUACUUUAUUUGA